AUGAAGUUCAGUGCCGUUGCUGCCGUUUUCUUUGCCAGUGUGGCCAUGGCUGUGCCUCUUCAAGAGGAGUCUGGACUUGAGGCACGAGGUUGCACUCACUUGGCCUGUGCCACCAAGUGCUGCAAGGAAGCUGGAGGUUGCAGCUCCCUGAACUGUGCCAGCUCUGUGUGCUCUGGCAGCAAGUGCAUUUGCCACUGCCAUUAUGGUUAA